CCAGCUUUAAAAGCACCGGAGCCGGCCCCUCUGACAAACCGCGCUGCGUCAUCGACCUGGGGAGACUCUUGAAAACCUUCAUUGAGCUGAAGAGAGCCAAACUCACCUCAGCCGCGGUCCCCUCAGCAGCCCUACCUGCGCCGGUCUCCCGAUCCACCACUACUAACAUUUCUCCCCGUUCACGCUACACCGCGCUGUGUUUCCAACUUGUACACUCGCUUUGCUUUAACUUCGCCCGAAUUAUGCUUUUAUUUGAUGGUGUGUGAAGUGAUCUAGCUGUUGCAACGUUGUCAUCGGCAUUGCAGUCUCACAGCCGGAGAAAGUUGGUGCGCAUCGCUUGUUGAAUGCAGGAUACCUUCUGCCUGAGCGUCAAUUCCAAGUUUAGCUUUGGAGCAGCAGCCGGUGAGGAGCGGGGACUCCACUUUCUCACCUCUCUCGCCGCCGAUAUGAAGUCUGCAGAGGAAGAUGCAUACAGCUACACACCAAAUGUCAGCUUGUCCCUUCCACUGGGCAUGGGCAACCCUUGUCUGGCCACCCAGUACCACACCUUACAGUCCAGCCCAGUCAUCUCAGUUUCCUCUUGCCACCAGACAGGCUACAGCCUCCAAAAUGAUAACCAUGCAGCAUCAGGCUACUACCUGCCCCACGGCCUGAGACCCAGUGGGGCCCCUGCCCUGGAAAGCCCCCGUAUUGAGAUCACUGCCUACAGCCAGUAUCCCGAGGAUGAGGUUGAAGAGAGCAGCAGUGAGGACCACAUCAUCAAACGAGGCGUUAACUCCAUUGUGACGCUGACACUGCCCAAUGCCGACGGCUACCGUGAUCCCAGCUGCCUCAGCCCCGCAAGUAGCAUUUCCUCACGUAGCUGCAACUCGGAGGCGUCCUCUUACGAGUCAGGCUUCUACAAUUAUGACAACUCCCCACAGACCUCCCCCUGGCAGUCUCCCUGCGUAUCUCCCAAAGGCUCAUCAUCGCUCAUGUCUUGCCCACAUGCCAGCGGCCCUGUAGCUUCCCCUCACCAUUCACCCUCCACCUCGCCUCAGAUAGGAGCCGUGGCAGAGGAAGGCUGGCCAGCACAACCUCGUGGCUCCAGGCCUAACUCCCCUUCCUGCAGUGGAGGCGGUGGAGGCAACGGCGGUGGUGGCGGCAGCAUUGGGAAGAGAAAGUACAGCUUCAAUGGCACCACCUACCGUCAGACAUCCUGCUCGCCCAACCAGUCGCCCACCCCGUCCCCACAUGGGUCACCCAGGGUCAGCGUCACGGAUGAGAACUGGCUUGCCAACACCAACCAGUACACCAACUCUGCCAUCGUGGCCGCCAUUAACGCUCUCACCACAGAUGGAGUGGUCGACAUGGGGGAAGGAAUCCCGAUCAAGACACGGAAGACUAUGCUCGACCACUCAGCCUCCAUGAGCCUGAAGGUGGAGCCCGGUGGCGAAGUGCUGGGUCCUGAGGGGGAGCUCUGCCAUGAGGACUACCCCUCCCGCUUGGCCCUAAAGAAGGAGAACUACUGUGGAGGGUUCCUGGAUGUGCCCCAGCACCCAUACCCGUGGUCUAAACCCAAGCCUUACCUCAGCCCAUCUCUGCCAGCUCUUGACUGGCAGCUUCCGUCCUGCUCCGGCCCGUACAGCCUACAGAUUGAGGUGCAGCCAAAGUCCCACCACAGGGCCCACUAUGAGACCGAAGGCAGCCGAGGGGCGGUGAAGGCGCUGUGUGGCAGCCACCCUGUAGUACAGCUUUAUGGCUACAUGGAAAGCGAGCCGCUCACCCUCCAGCUGUUCAUAGGGACCGCAGACGACCGCCUCCUGCGACCACAUGCCUUCUACCAGGUUCACCGCAUCACUGGCAAGACCGUCUCCACUGCCAGCCAUGAAGUCAUGCAAUCCAACACCAAAGUUCUGGAGAUCCCUCUGCUGCCUGAAAACAACAUGAGAGCCAUAAUUGAUUGUGCAGGGAUCCUGAAGCUGCGCAAUUCAGACAUUGAGCUUCGCAAAGGAGAGACGGACAUCGGACGUAAAAACACGCGUGUGAGAUUGGUGUUCCGAGUGCACAUCAACCAGCCCAACGGCAGGACGGUGUCCCUACAGGUUGCUUCAAACCCCAUUGAAUGCUCCCAGCGCUCAGCUCAGGAGCUUCCCUUGGUGGAGAAACAGAGUGUGGAUAGUUACCCUGCCACUGGAGGCAAAAUGAUGCUCCUGAGCGGCCUCAACUUCCUCCCUGACUCCAAGGUGGUGUUCGUGGAGAAGGCCCAGGGAGCUCCCUCUUCCACCCAUUCUACUGGAUACUCACCCCAGCUGAGCAUCUGUGAUUCAUGA